UAAUGUUUAUUGAUAGAUAACUGAACCAGUGGUUUGUUUUCUUUUAUUUAUCUCUUAUUUUAGUUUUAAUAAUGUUUAUUCUUAAUUACUGAUUAUUCAUAAUUAUACGUAUUUAAUUCAUUAGUACUGUUAACAAUAAAGACUAUUCAUACAUUUUCAUCUAUCGUAUGAUUAUUUUGUGCCAAGGAAUAUGAGUUUAGCAAUGAUGUUACCCCUUCAAAAGAUUCUAUUGACAAUCAACUUGGUUGAUUGGCAAUCAAUUGCUAUUGCUGUGUUUCUGUUUUUAAUUUUCAUGGUGACAAUAGCUUGGUUUUAUUUUGUCAAUUAUUUUGAUUGUGAUCUUAGUUUAUAUCUCAAUAGAAUUUUGUUAAAAUUAAAACAAGAAAGAGAUUGUUAUAUUAAAGGAAAGGUUGUUUGGAUAACAGGUGCUUCGAGUGGUAUCGGUGAAGCUCUUGCCUAUGAACUUGUCCCUUACAAUGUUAAACUAGUCCUUUCAGGCCGAAAUGAAGAGCGUAUCCAGAAAGUCAAACAAAAUUGUAUAUCUAAAGGCUGUUCCAAUAGUAACAUAAUAACAAUUACAUUUGAUAUAAGGAACAGAGAGGAUCACCAAAUCGCGCUAGAAUCUGUAUUACAGCGAUUCGGAAAAGUUGACAUCUUUGUAAACAAUGCCGGAACAAGCCAAAGGUCUCGUUUUGAACUCAUUGAGUCUCGUGUUGACCAGGAUCUAUUUGACAACAACGUAUUUGGAGGUGUUAAUUUGACUCGGUUGAUUCUUAAACAUUGGUAUGAUACAAAUUCAAAAGGCCAUAUUGUUGUUACUAGUAGCAUCGUUGGAAAAGCCGCUUUACCCGAAUGUGCCUCUUAUACUGCUUCUAAACAUGCACUUCAUGGUUACUAUGAAUGUCUUCGCUAUGAAGCUGCAUCCAAGGGUAUAAUUAUAACAAUGGUUUGUUCUGGACCUGUUAAAACUGGUAUCGCUGCUGUUUCAUACACUGGAACUUAUGGCAUUUUAUUAAAUGGUUCAGUGUCAUCGAACCGAAUGAGUCCAAAACGUCAUGCUGAACUUAUGGUUUGCGCUAUUGAAACAAGGCUGGAGGAAGUUUGGAUCACAAUUCAACCCUUUCUUUGGUAUUGCUAUGCUCAUCAAUACUUUCCUACUCUCAGUAAAAGAUGGCUAAUUAACAUGGCAAACAAUUUAUCCAAGUCCAGAGAUAAUUGAACAUUGAAAAAAAGUUAUUUUGAUUCAUAAGUUGGAUUAUUUUUGGAAUCGCUAUCUCGAUAUUGUAUAUUUUUUACAAUACACAUUGUACAUUAACCUUUCAGGGUAGGUUUAAAGAAACGAAUGACCUUUACAACAGUCAUUAACUGAAAUAUCCUUAAAUUACAAAAGAAAUAAUGACGCAUAUUUUCUUAAUCUUUACUUGAUUAAUAAAUUGACGAUUGAUAAAUUGA